AUGGACGAGGGCGAUUCUGCGAUGGACUCUUCUUUAGAACUGAAUAAUGGCGAUGGUUCAAGAUCGUCUUCGCCGGUAGCACCAAACGGUUCCAAGAGAUCCCAAUCUCCUGUCAGCGCAAUAACAGUCGAAAGCAGCACCAAAGCAACACCCUACAGUUCAAUCAAGCCAUUUUCCAUGUUCGAUACAUCGUCCAUUGUCAAAAAACGCAAGAGGCGACUCCAAAUGGCGCAGGAAGAAUGCGGGGAAGAGCUAGAAUUCCCUCUCCACGUUUGUGGUUUGCCGAUACCCGAGGAAGUACACGGAGUUUGCGCAAAAUGCAAGAGCGACCGAGACAGCGACACUAUACUGCUCUGUGAUGGGGAAGGUUGUGACAAGGAAUACCACAUGGCGUGCUGUACGCCUCCUCUCGACAAGGUGCCAACAGGGGAAUUUUACUGUUUUGAUUGCUCAGUCAAGGGAUCGACAACAGAACUAGAAGAAUACUUGGAAGAACACGAUUCUCAGAAGCUGCAGUUGGACGAUCCUAGCAGCUUUAUGGAAACCUUGUUGAAGGAAGAUGUCUGGAACGAAUUGAAUCCCAAACAUGCCGUUGAAGAGACAGAGAUAACCGAAGUUCCGCGGUCUGAGUUGGAUUGGACGCAUCAGGAGGAUCCCCAGUCAUUGAUUGGAAAGUCGAUCCGCCUCUACUGUCCAAAAGGGAAUCACUAUCACAAUGGCAGAAUUGUUGAUGUUCGGUCAAAUCAUGCCAACGACACGGAUUGUCUCGUUCGGUUUCAUGCAGGAAGUGAUGGUCGCAAGACAGCGCUGACGACAUGGGUAUCCUUGGAAGAACACUGUGUGGCAAUUUGUACUGACAUUGUAUGGGCUAGAUUUGGUGAUCGAAUAUGGAGAAAGGCUCGAUUGUGGUCUCGAACGAGUCGAGAGUUGGUGCCAGUGAUGAACGAUCUUAUCCGUCUCGGGGGUGCGCUUCGUCCCGUUCAGUCCGAACCAUCUCGUCGCCCAUUGAAAGCGACUAAACCUGAUUGGGGACUGCUGGAAACCAUGAUCGGCAAAGCUAUCUUUGAAUAUUUGGAAUUGCGAAAGGCAACGAAUGUCAAGCUGCCAGGAAAUGCCAAGACUCCCACUGGAAGAGAGGCUGAAAUCAUGCAUGGAUUGGUAGAGAUGGAAUUGAAUGAACAAGAGCGAGUAAAGCGAUGGCGAAACUUGCCACUGAAAAAUCCCAUGCACCCCAAAGCAAUUACCUGUCAAGACGAGUACGGGUUAGGAACUCUUGACUAUGAAGUUCCACGCCCCAUGCUCAUUCAUCCACCACAACUCAUUCCACAAGGGCUGGACCGACUCUAUAUGGUGGAACGAAUUGCUAGAUUGUACCAAUGCAAGCCUAGUAAAGACAUGGCAACAUCCUUGGAUUGUCUAUUGGAGGAUCGUCCAGCACUGUCGAUUCAAGAAAUUACAGCCAUGCACCGAGACAGACUCUGCGGGGAUAGCAAAUCGGAGGGGGCGAAGACUGCUGCCAAAACAGAAAACCCAAUAGAACCCAAUGGUAACGCAUGA